AUGACGGCUGUCGACUACGACGACCCCUCCGAAGGCACAAAUGCCCGACUGGUGUACUCCAUUGAAAAGAACGUAAUUGAAGAAGAGACGGGCUCUCCAAUAUUCGAAAUUGAAUCGGAAACGGGCGUUAUAAAAACCGCAGUCUGUUGUCUCGAUCGCGAAAGGACUCCCGAUUAUUCGAUACAAGUGGUGGCGAUGGACGGUGGGGGGUUGAAAGGAACUGGAACAGCGUCUAUACGCGUAAAAGAUAUCAACGACAUGCCGCCCCAAUUCACAAAGGAUGAGUGGUUCACGGAAGUAGAUGAAACAGAUGGCGCGACACUUCCGGAAAUGCCCAUUCUUACAGUAACUGUGCACGACGAAGAUGAAACCAAUAAAUUCCAAUAUAAGGUGAUUGAAAAUAGUGGUUACGGUGCGGAUAAAUUUACAAUGGUUCGCAACAAUGACGGUACUGGAUCUCUAAAAAUCGUGCAACCUUUAGACUACGAGGAUUUGUUACAAAGUAAUGGAUUUAGAUUUAGAAUACAGGUAAACGAUAAAGGGGAGGAUAAUGACAACGAUAAAUACCACGUAGCUUAUUCAUGGGUCGUGGUAAGACUGAGAGAUAUUAACGAUAACAAACCCCAGUUUGAACGACCGAACAUCGAAGUAUCUGUCUUUGAAAACGCGGAAGUCGGUAAAAGUCUCGAAACUUUUAAAGCCACCGAUCCCGAUCAGGGUGGAAAGAGUAAAGUUUCGUACGCUAUUGACAGAAGUUCUGACAGAAAGCGGCAAUUUUCCAUUAAUCAAGAAGGUACAGUGAGUAUACAACGAUCUCUAGACAGAGAAGACACUCCGAGACAUCAAGUUAAAAUUCUCGCCAUUGACGACGGAAUUCCUCCUAAGACAGCCACUGCAACUUUGACCGUAAUCGUCCAAGAUAUUAACGACAACGCUCCGACCUUCCUUAAGGAUUACCGGCCAGUCGUUCCUGAACACGUUCCACCCAGAAAAGUCGUGGAAUUGUUGGCGACCGACGAUGACGACAGAUCUAAGAGCAACGGCCCGCCUUUCCAGUUCAGACUCGAUCCCAGUGCGAGCGACAUCGUGAGAGCAUCUUUUAAAGUCGAGCAAGAUCAAAAGGGCGCAAAUGGUGACGGUAUGGCUAUCAUCACAUCUCUUCGAUCAUUCGACAGAGAACAACAGAAAGAAUACUACAUUCCAAUCGUUAUUAAAGAUCACGGCAACCCUGCGAUGACCGGCACUAGUACAUUAACUGUAGUGAUUGGCGAUGUCAACGACAACAAAAUGCAACCAGGCUCCAAAGAAAUAUUUGUAUAUAACUAUCAAGGUCAAGCACCCGAAACAGAGAUUGGACGAGUUUAUGUGUACGAUUUAGAUGAUUGGGAUCUGCCAGAUAAAAAGUUCUACUGGGAAGGCCCAGAACAUCCUCGAUUUAAGCUAAACGAAGAUACUGGUAUGAUUUCCAUGAAGUCUGGAACUCGAGAUGGCAUAUACUACUUACGAUUCAAAGUUUACGAUCGUAAACAUACGCAAACUGAUGUAGCAGCCAAUGUAACGGUCACUGUUAAAGAAAUUCCUCAUGAAGCAGUAGUAAACUCUGGAUCUGUUCGAAUAGCAGAUAUAACAGACGAAGAAUUUAUCAGAAUAUGGGAUUAUCACUCUCAAAGUUUAUCAAAAAGUAUGGCUGAGAAGUUCAGAGAUAAAAUAGCUGAUCUUUUGAACAUAAACCGAGAAAACGUCGAUGUGUUCAGCGUUCAAUUACGACGAAAACAUCCUCCAGUGACCGACGUAAGAUUCUCAGCUCAUGGCUCACCUUAUUAUAAACCAGUUAGACUAAAUGGCAUAGUCUUAAUGCAUAGAGAAGAAAUCGAAAGAGCUGUUGGUAUUAACAUAACCAUGGUUGGAAUCGACGAGUGUUUGUAUGAAAAUCAGAUGUGUGAAGGAUCUUGUACCAACACUUUAGACAUAAGUGCCUUACCGUACAUGGUGAAUGCUAAUAAAACUGCUUUAGUAGGGGUUAGAGUUGACGUUUUAGCUGAAUGUACCUGUGGCGCUAGAAACUUCAGUAAAGAAGAAAAUUGCCGAAACACUCCUUGUUAUAAUGGUGGAAGAUGUAUCGAAACCCGCUAUUCAUUAUCUUGUUCUUGUCCAGCGGGAUAUAAUGGACCAAGGUGUCAACAAACUUCAAGAAGUUUCCGAGGUAAUGGUUGGGCAUGGUAUCCAGCUCUAGAAAUGUGCGACAAAUCACAUCUUCACUUUGAGUUUAUUACCCGCAAACCAGACGGAUUACUGCUUUACAACGGCCCAAUUGUGCCUCCUGAAAAAGACGAAAUCAUGGUAUCAGAUUAUAUAGCUGUUGAACUUGAAAGAGGUUAUCCCCGUUUACUUCUAGACUUUGGAUCUGGAACGCUAGAACUUAGAGUCAAAACCAAAAAGACGUUAGAUGAUGGAGAGUGGCAUAGAUUGGACGUAUUUUGGGAUACUGAAAAUGUAAGAAUGGUUGUUGAUUAUUGUAAGUCAGCUGAUAUUGCCGAAAUGGAAGAUGGAACUCCACCGGAGUUCGACGACAGUAGCUGCCAAGCUCAAGGUACAAUUCCUCCAUUUAAUGAGUAUCUAAACGUCAAUGCACCUCUACAGCUUGGAGGUUUAUAUGUUGAACAGUUUGAUCCGACUCACUACCACUGGCAAUAUAUGCCUGUAGGCAAAUCCUUCGACGGUUGCAUUCGAAACCUCUUCCACAACUCCAAAUUAUACGAUCUGGCACAUCCUGGUCUUUCUAGACAUAGUGUACCUGGUUGUCCUCAAACAGAAGAAGUGUGUGGUAGAUCAGAAACUACAGCUCGAUGUUGGGAGCAUGGUACGUGUGUCGGAAGCUUUAACGAAGCUAAAUGUCAUUGUCAUCCAGGAUUUACUGGACCAUCAUGUACUUCGAAAACAACGCCAACUUCUUUCAAACCUCAAUCAUACGUUAAGUACGCUCUUAGUUUUGAACCAGAUCGUUUUUCAACGCAAAUGCAACUGAGAUUUAGAACAAGAGAAGAACACGGUGAGCUAUUCAGAAUAUCAGAUCAGCACAAUCGCGAAUAUGCAAUACUGGAAAUAAAAGAUGCAAGACUAUACUUCAGAUAUAACUUAAACUCCCUCAGAACCGAAGAACGAGAUAUUUGGCUUAGUGCCGUUCCAGUUGAUGAUGGUCAGUGGCACGUGGCAAGGGUAAGCAGAUAUGGUUCAGCUGCUACGUUAGAACUGGAUGGUGGAGAAGGAAGGCGAUACAACGAAACAUUCAACUUCAUUGGUCACCAGUGGUUACUCGUGGAUAAGCAGGAAGGAGUGUAUGCUGGAGGAAAAGCAGAAUACACUGGCGUCCGGACUUUCGAAGUUUAUGCCGAUUAUCAGAAAGGAUGUUUGGAUGACAUUCGUUUGGAAGGCAAACACCUACCUCUUCCGCCAGCUAUGAACGGAACACAGUGGGGACAGGCGACUAUGGCCAGGAAUUUAGAAAAGGAUUGCCCAUCUAACAAACCCUGUGCAAAUGUCAUCUGUCCUGAUCCAUUCGAGUGUGUUGAUCUCUGGAAUGAUUACGAAUGCACAUGCCCGCAAGGUUACAAGUUCCAUGAUAGUACCUGUGUCAAUGAAAACGAAUGCAUGUGGCUACCAUGUGUAAACGGUGGUAUCUGUAGAGACUAUGACCCUCCUUUAAGAUACGAAUGUCUGUGUCCAUCGGGAUAUACGGGAGGUCAUUGCGAAUUAGAAUUGGCGUCCGCUGGGGCCAUAAUGCCGUCGACCGAUUUUAUUUUAGCCGUAAUCGUGUGCUUGUUAGUACUACUAGUCUUAGUGCUCGUAUUCGUCGUAUACAACAGACGAAGAGAAUCUCACAUCAAAUACCCCGGUCCCGAUGAUGAUGUCAGGGAAAACAUUAUUAACUACGACGAUGAAGGCGGCGGUGAAGAUGAUAUGACUGCCUUCGAUAUUACUCCUCUACAAAUUCCAAUCGGAGGACCUCUACCUGAUUUAGGACCACCAAAGAUCGGAUGCACAGAUGACGAAGUUCAAGAAUACGAAUACCUGGGCGCCUGGGGACCUCGAUUCGAUAAACUGGCAAACAUGUACGGCCCAGGAGAAGAGACUGAACUGGAAGAAGAAUAA